CCGUGCCCCUCGAGCCCUUCCCGGCUCCCGGUGCCCUCGGUGGUCGCAGGUUGCCGGCUGCCCGUGCCCACAGCGGAGCCCCGGCCGCGGGGCGGAGAGGGGCGGGGAGGGGGCGGCCCGGGCCGGGAUCCGGAGCCGGCGGCGGAGGGACGGGAGCAGUGCGGAGCGGAGCGGAGGCAGCUCCGUGUCCCGCAGCCCCCAUGGAGAAAUGCAGAGCUCUCGAGCAGCUGCUCAAUGAACUGGAAGAUUUUCUGAGGAUCCUGGACAAGGAGAACUUGAGCAGCACCGCUCUUGUGAAGAAGAGCUUCCUCUCUGACCUGCUGCGGGUGUACACCAAGACCAGCGGUGGCGAUGAAGAAUAUAUUUACAUGAACAAAGUGACUGUCAACAAACAGCAGGGUGACCAGGAGAAACAAGACAAAGCACUGGAUGGGAGAACCUCCUUGACCAAUGGAGACCUGGGACUGCAUUCAUCCCCUCCUCAGAAGAGCCUGCCGGAGCUGCCCCCUCCGAAGAUUCCUGAAACAAAACAACCUUUGGUCCCCAAGAUCGAAUCCCCAGAAGGAUAUUAUGAAGAGGCCGAGCCAUAUGAUGUCUCUCUAAACGAAGAUGGUGAAGCCGUCAGCAGCUCCUAUGAAUCUUACGAUGAAGAAGAGAGCAGCAAAGGCAAGUCAGCAACCCACCAGUGGCCAUCCACAGAGGCCACCAUCGAGCUGAUGAAGGACGCCCGUAUCUGUGCGUUCCUAUGGAGGAAGAAGUGGCUGGGGCAGUGGGCGAAACAGCUGUGUGUCAUCAAGGACACCAGGCUGCUGUGCUACAAGAGCUCCAAAGACCACAACCCUCAGCUGGAUGUGAACUUGCUGGGCUGCACCGUCAUUCACAAGGAAAAGCAAGUGAGGAAGAAAGAGCACAAGCUGAAGAUCAUCCCCAUGAACGCUGAUGUCAUCGUGCUGGGGCUGCAGAGUAAAGACCAGGCAGAGCAGUGGCUCAGGGUAAUCCAGGAGACCAGCGGUCUGCAGUGCGAAGGAGGCAGUGAAGGCAACCAGUACAUCCCAGACUCACAGCGCCUCACUUACCCAAAGGUGGAGCUCUCUGAGAGGUACUCUGCAGCCUCAGAGAGUGGGAGCAGCACAGAGGGGCACCCAGAGACAGCUGAGACGACAAAAGAUGUUAAGAAGAAAGGCACAACAGGCCUAAAACUAAGCAACCUGAUGAACCUUGGGAGGAAAAAAUCCAGCUCCAUGGAUAGCCCAGAGCGAUCCCUGGAGACCUCAAGUUACCUGAACGUGUUUGUGAACAGCCAGUGGAAGUCCCGCUGGUGUCAGAUAAAAGAUGGUCACCUCCAUUUCUACCAGGACAAGAACCGAAGCAAACUGGCUCAGCAGCCCCUGAGUUUGGCGGGUUGUGAAAUUAUCCCGGAUCCAAGCCCUGAUCAUCUCUACUCCUUCCGCAUCCUGCACAAUGGGGAGGAACGGCUCAUUCUGGAGGCGAAGUCCUCGGAGGAAAUGGGCCACUGGCUGGGCCUCCUCUUAUCCGAGUCAGGCUCAAAAACAGACCCGGAGGAAUUUACCUAUGAUUACGUGGAUGCUGACAGAGUCUCCUGCAUCGUGAGCGCUGCGAAGAACUCCUUCUUCCUAAUGCAGAGGAAAUACUCCGAGCCCAACGCCUACAUCGACAACCUGCCCAGGGGGAGGAUGCCGCAGGAGGGGCUCUACGACGAUGUGGAGCUGCCCGAUGUGCCAGAGGGAGAAGUACCCAAGAGUGAGAGCAAACUGGAGGGGGACCAAGACAGGGUGUACCUGGAUCUCACCCCGGUGAAGUCCUUCCUGCACUGCGCUGGCAAGAAGUCGUGCCAGACCUCACCCCUCGGCUCACCACCUCUAGAGAGGGCUGGCACCAAGGCUGCUCCUGACAGCGCGGAUGAGACAACCCCGGUGGCUAAGGACGCUGCUGAGCCCAGUGGAAAGGCGAUGGAGACCUCAGAGCAGAAACAGCCUGAGAAGCCGGAGCCCGAAGAGCUGCCGCCCCAGACGCCCCCCAUCAAAGCCCAGGCGCAGCAGCAGAACAUCACCUUCCCGCAGACGGCCCCCGAGCCACCCGCGGGCUCUGCAGCAGUGGUGGGCAGCCCCCAGCUGGCACCUGCACACCGGCCGAAGUUGCCCCUGCCUGUAGCAGCAGUGGAGACCAAGCUGGGCAAGAACAGGACAGAGGCUGAGGUGAAGCGGUUUACGGAGGAGAAGGAGCGGCUGGAGAAGGAGAAGGAGGAAAUCCGAGCUCAGCUCACCCAGCUGCGCAAGGAGAGGCGGGAGCUGAAGGAGAUGCUCGUGGGAUGCACAGACAAGAGCCUGGAGCAGAAGCUGAAGGAGAUAGAAGAAGAGUGCAAGAAAAAGGAGAGCCGAAGGGUGGAUGUGGAGCUGAACCUGGUGGAGGUGAAGGAGAACCUGAAGAAGGCAGAGUCCGGCCCCGUGACGCUGGGCACCACGGUGGACACCACACACCUGGAGAACGCAGCACCCCGGACUCAAACAAAAACUGCCAGUCCAGGAAACAGCGCAGAGAGCUCACCAGUCAACUCAGCAACGGCUUUGAAAAACAGGCCUUUGUCCGUCAUGGUGACAGGGAAGGGGACAGUCCUACAGAAAGCUAAGGAAUGGGAGAAGAAGGGCGCUAGUUAGAAGGACGUUUCUCAGAGAUGGACUAAAGACUGGAAUUACCCAGGCAUGGACAAGGGGAUUCAAUCACCUGCCGGUGGAGGUUGGGUGUGCGACACAACCCACCCCACGUGCCUCCUCUGCGUCGCUCCACCUGCUCAGAUGCAGCAGUGGAGCCAACGGCUGCCAAUACCAAUUAGCCCAAACGAUCUUGCUCUUUCCAGACAAGUCCCGUCACGUAGCUAAAACAAUAACAACCAGUGGCAAUCCUUGCAUCAGAUUCCUAACCCAGUCGAUGUAAACAAGAAUGUUACUGUACAUAGGGGUGUUUUGUCUAUUUCUACUCUGAAGGUUUAUCAAUGAGUUAUUAAGGUUUCUAUAUUAGUGGCAGUAGUGGGUUCAGGACAGGCCUCUGCUAUUCUUUAUACCCCAGUGGUUUUUGACCUGUUACAGCAAAUCCCGGUCAGCUGAAGUCUCACCUGUUGCUGCUGGUCAUCACUCAGCUGCAGAUCAUCCAGCCUUCAGCCUGGAGAGGUACCCUGGGCCUGAGUGAUGGCUGUGACACAGAUGAGAAGCAUGCACCAGCGGGAAGGAUCCUCCCAGCGUAACAGAGAACUAACCAUAUCUACACCUGCAGCAGAGAUUUUCAGUGACCAGAUGCAUCACACCGUGGCCUUCUUCCUACCAGCCUGCAGCAGGGCUGAUUUGCUACAAUACGGAGGAAGAUCCCUGCUCACCUUCUUGUGCUGCGUUACAGCCUGGUGGCACCAAGGGCUCUGGGCAAAGAAGAUCUCUCAGACCGUGUCCAGAGGAGUUUGUUCUGGAAAAAAAAAAAAAAAAAAAAGAAAGAAAAAGUAAAUCAUAUUUGAAGGCUUGUUAACAAUUUACCAAAGGCCCAGGCCUGCUUACCUGUUGGAUGAGGAUGCUGGAUCCUGUUGCUGGCCCUUUCCAAGGGGAGGAGAGGUAAAAGUGUCCCUGUGCUCCUGCCCUGGCUGCAAGCACCACUUUGCUGAUGCUCUCUGGUCCCCGCAGGCUGCAGCACAGCAGCAGCUGCACAAUCUGCUGGACACCUCCUGGUGGGAAAGGAACCCUUCACAUGGGUGCAGGAGGGUGCUGGAUCUGUUCUUGUUCAUGUCUCUGGUGUGCUGCUGGCUGUCUUGGUGCUAUCACACUUAUUUCCAGAUGAUUAGACUUAACGUAGCCUUUGGGUGCUGUGGCCUGCAAAGCUCAUCCCUCUCCUCUCUGGCCAAGCUUUUUAAUGAGCAAUGUUAGGUGCCUGGAACUGGUAUGCUUAGAGACAGUAAAAUUUGAAAGCACAGGGCAGAAAUUCACCUACCUGUUUUCUCCUCCCCCUUGUGGCCUGCUGUCACAUCUGAAGGCCUGCAGACACCGCUGCCUGGCUCCUCUGCCAACCUGGCUGGGCUGUCCCUGGGGUCCUGUGGCUACGCUGACAAACAGACCCCAGAACCAGGGUAAAGACAGGCAAAACGUUGUACCUUCCUAACCCUUGAAAGCCUUUGACAGGCCUGAGACCAGCUCCAAAUGAGGCCUCUCCCUGAACAGAGGCCUGAUGGCCGUGGGAUGAAGGGGUGCGGGAGGAGUGCCUGGGCGCAGCAAAGCACAUGGGCAAGGCACCCCAGAGGCAAGAAGGAUGCCCUUGUGGCACAGACUGGGGAAUUUGUAAUCCCAGGCCUCAGGAGGGUUUCACCAGCCCCAGCUGUCAGCCCUGUUCCUCACCAAGGUUUGCACGUAGGGAAAAACUCCCGCAAAUCGCCUGCUGCCACUUCUGGCUCAGGACCCAGGGGCCUUUCAGCUCCAAAGCACAAGGAGGCCACGGCCACCAUCACAAAGCUUUUGUUUUGACCCACGAUGAGCUGGCAGGAGAGCCUGUCCACCCCCUAAAUAGACACACAGCACCAUGCCCUCACCCUACACCCCGCUGUCACCUGCCAGAGCUUGUCCAUCCAUUUCACAGCGGUACCCACACAGCACUGGGCAGGAGCAGCCCCACUGCCCACACCGCAGCCCCGUCAGCUUCGGUGGGCUUGCUGGGACCGCCAGGGGAUGGUGAACGUAGGCGAGUCCUGAGCAACACCUGUUUCCCAGACAAAAAAA